UCAUGGUGACUCAUCUCUACCUAGGUGUGAUAAUCUUGGCUGUUUUUGCAACAAGCAUCACUAAUGCAGAUAUCAAAGUAAUCUGUGCAAAGGACUCAGUAAGAAUCACAUGGAGGAUCAAUGCGGAGUUGGUGCCAUAUGCAGCUCGUCUCUUCCUUGGAAGCUGCAUGCCAUCUCAGCUGAAUGUUAUGACCACUGGCGAGGGGGAAGCACAGUUCAACUACAAGUUUGCUGACUGCAAGUUUAAAAAACUGAUAAAGGGAAAACACCUAAUCUAUGAGAAUGAACUGACCUACAGACCACAAGCAAAGCCACAACCUGCAUCCUUUGUGUACCCCAUCCAGUGUGUUUUUAAAAGACCUGAGGGGUGGGUUCCUCCUUUCAUGAACCCUGGAUCAGGUGUUUCUGAAGGUCGCGGUGAGCUGGUCUUCCGCAUGGCACUCCUUAACGAGCAAUUAACAGGUGUAGCCAAGACAAAUGUCAUCCCCCUGGGCUCUUUCAUGCCAAUAUGGGCAGCAGUGGAGCAAAAGUCCCAUCAACCUUUGCUAUUGCUCAUGGAGGAAUGUGUGGCAGCCACUUCACCAGAGCUGCAGCUUGGCAGCCAGGUUUACCCAAUCAUCAGCAAUAAGGGAUGUCUUUUGGAGAGCUUGAGAGGAAACUCUGUGUUCCUUCCUCGGUACCACUCGUCUGCUCUCAUCCUCUACCUGCAGUCCUUCAAGUUUGGUCUUGGAGAGGAGGUGUAUGUCCACUGUAAACUGGUUGCAUGGGAUCCUGAAGUUCUUGAUGAGACAAAGAAAGCCUGCCAUUAUGUAAAGGAAAAUGGGAGAUGGGAACUACUCGAUGACCCAUUUCAGAGCUCCCUCUGUAGCUGCUGUGAUUCAACCUGCAAGUCCCGACCCAAAAGAGCAGUUGAAUGGGAAUCCUACAGUUGGAGUCACAAUUCUGUGUUGGGCCCCCUGAUCAUCGUGGAGCCGUCUGACUCAAAGGCCCACAACACGUCUGUGGGGUCUGUCACCGCAGAUGAGUCUCAGGAUAGCCCAGUCUAAGCUGAUGGAGACUCGAUGAUCCUGCCCACCAGAGGGGCCAGCAGCAGAUGACCUCAAUCUCCUUCCUGACCUACAAGAUGUUGGGAUAUGAGCUUUGUAUGAUCUCUGCUUAUGUUUUCAGAUUUAUUUGAACCUACAGCAGUAAUUACCAAAAAAAAAAAAAAAACCUUUAUAAUCCAUCUUCUGACAUACAGUAAAACUGGUUU